UCACAUGGUUUACUGUAAAGGAAGCGCGAUAAAAAAUAUAAUUUGUCAAACCUUUGGCAGAUGAGACACAAGUCAUCACCCGAAGCCCUGCAUUUGUAUUGUAAUAUUUCCUUUGGACUUUACUUAAAGUUUGUAAUUCUCAUUUAUUUUUUGAUCGGUAGCCUAAGUCUGGCUGACAUCCCUCUACAAGCGUCAGAGCAUUUUACGGGUUGUUUGGAUAGUUUUUGGGGGUUUUGAGCAUUGCUCUUCAAAACUUCAGGAAUAAAAUUGACUAGUAUAUCCACAGAUAGAGGACAAGACCGGCGAGAGACCAAAGAUGCGAGAGAAAAUAAGAGAGUUAUUUGACCAAUACAUCUCAGACACCCUCAGCUACAUCCACACAGUAGAGGGAUUCUGUGAAAGGCAUCCAAGGUGGAUCCUGCAGAGAAAGGAGGAACAAUCCCAGAUGAAGAACAUCAAGGACAUGGCAGAAGGAAUCGACCCCAACUUUGAUAAAGUCAUUAACUCUGAGGAUAAGGCAAAGGCAUUUCAAGAGUUCACAAAGAAGUAUCUGACCCAGGUAACUGCAGACAAUAGACAUAAGGAGCUGGAGAAGGAGCUAGAAGAUGUACUGAAGGACACUCUCAAAGGGCUGGAGGAGCUGGACUACUUCAUGGAUGCUGUGGAGAGGCUGGUGGUCACCUCUGUGUUUGUAUUUGCUGAUGAAAACCGGUUAUGUCCUCUGCCUCAGGGGAGGGAACCAUCAAGUGUCCGAGCUGUCAUCACCUCUGCUAGAAUGGCCUGUCCUCUCCUCAUCCACUUUAAGAGGGACGCUUCAGCCUUCUUUUCCCCAUGCCUCCUCAAUGUGGAGGUGCUGUACGUGUACUUGGAAAAUUACAUACACAUCUCUGAGCAGCUGUGUGAGAGAAUGAGAUUGGGAAAUGUAGAGAAUGACAACUUGAUGAUUGACACCAGCACUGAAGUGAAUGAAAAGUCCAUGCAGACCAUGUUUAACCAUUUGUGCCAUUUGAGUGAUAUCAGGAUGAACCAGCACCUCAGACUGACGUUCCUGUUCCAGGAGUCUGCCCUGCACUUCAUUGAUCUGUUCAGUCAGCGCCACUCCAGAAUGCUGGACUUUCUAAAAGAGCUGGAAAGGAGAGCUGGCAAACUAGAAGAGAUGAAAUUCGGGUCUGACAUCUCCAGUGUGGCAGGCAGUGCAGUGGGGGCGACAGCAGGGGCUCUGACCAUAGCAGGCCUGUGUCUUGCUCCUGUGACUGUUGGGCUGUCACUAUGGCUCACCAUCACAGGGCUUGGACUGGGUGUGACCAGUGGGGUCAACGGUGUAACCACCGGUGUCACAGAGAUAAUCUUUAACAGAUACCACAGCAAGGAAGUCAAUACAGUCUUUCAACAUUUCAUAGAGGACAUGCAAAUACUCCGGGGGAGUCUGGAGAAGGUGGCCAGCAGAAUUCUUCCUGUUGUGGGAUUUAACAUGGUAGCACUAGGGGUUGGGGUGAUUAUGGGCAAAGGUGCUGUGAGUUUAGGAAUGAAGAUCAAUGGCAUAGUAAAAAAUAACUCUGCAAUAGAGGCCUUAAAGGGGAACGGCAUGGUCAUGGGUGCAGGCAAGGUGGGACUCGGGGGGGGCAACAAACUUGCUGCAGAUUUACCUGACAUUGGGAUGUUGGCCCAAGGCACUCCACUCGCCCUAUCUAAGACAUUAAGGCGAUGUAAUGUGGCCUUAAAUGCCCUAUUCAUUGGCCUGGACAUCAUCACUAUCUAUAAAGACAGUGGCAGCCUCGCCAAAGGCAGCAAGAGUGAGGACUCCCAGCUCAUCCGAGCCAGAGUGGCACUGUGGCGCACGGAGAUCAACUCAUGUCAGAGGAUCCAUGACUCACUGUGCCAAGGCAUCCGUAGGUUCAGACAGAGUCAGCGAAUCCUGGAGAAACCAUUUUACCUUGUGAAGGAGUUAGAAAGUCUAGAGCCGCUUGUAGAGAUGGGACUCAUGGACAGCCUGAGGAUGAUAUAGAAACUCUGGGGCAGCCUAUGGAGGAGAUGAGACUACUGGGGCAGCCUAUGGAGGAGAUGAGACUCUUGGGGCAGCCUAUGGAGGAGAUAGAAAAUUAUUUGACCGAAAACAUGUCACAUACUGUACCCAACAGAUGUUGAAUUAUAUUAUUUGUGUGCAUGUAUUAGCAAAAAUGCUCAAGCUCUAUUAAGUCUUUGAAUUUCACCAAGCUGGCAUUGCCAUUGGUUAAUUCACUGCGUAAUAUGUUAAUUGCUUUUUCAUGAAAAAUCCCUGUCUCUAGGUUUUUGCGACUGGACCUGGCAUUCAAGCAUGGUGCUGUUGCUGUUAGCAUAUGUAUGGGCUGAGAAGAACAUUUGUAAGUAGAAAUUUUGAAAAUUUAGAAGUCAGGACACCUGCCGUUUGGACUCACUUCCUGUACGACUUAAUUGCUUAACAUGGACAUUUUAAAUGAUUACUGUGAAUGGUUUUAAUAAUGGAUGUGUUAUGAUAAGUUACUUAGAUUUGAGAAUAGAAGAGAACAGAAUUUUUUAUUAAAUGUAUACAAGAUUAUUAAAUAUUUUAUUAAACCUC